CAUGGACUGCCAACUUUGCGCACUAAGGCUGUAUUUUUCAUUGAAACAAGUCCUGUUCACUGAGGCGUCAUUGGUUGCAGUGUAAAGUGACUUCCGGUGGAUUUUUUUUUACGAUGAAAGGAAACCAUCGCCGAACAUUUUAACCACCAUAUUCAAAAGAAAUCAUGAAUGAAAUCGCUACCAUAAUAGAAGAUAUUACAGAGGAGCAAAUCUCAGUCAUUAACUUGGAGCAUGAAUCGCAUCAAGGUUUACCACAAGUAAACCUGCAUAUUGUCAAGGAUGUGUGUAGUAAGUUGCAUAAAGAAAUCAGUUUUCCUGUGCAGUUUAAGCAUGCAUUGCAAAAUAUUGAUUAUGACAAGCUUGCUGAUAGUUUAAUGUUUCUGAAUGAUUGCCUGGUCACCAAGAGCAGAUUUGUAUCUAGUUGUACUGAAAGAGCAUGGAGAAAUUAUUACCGAUCGUAUAUAUUAAACAUGGGCCUUGUAAAGGAGGUUGUAAAAUGUCAGCAGCUAUCAGCGUGGAUAUCACUUAAAGUUUUUGAACAUCUAAUAAUAUUGGCUUAUGGGAACAAAACAUAUAGUCUAUGAUUAUGACUCACUUUGUAGAACUCUUUUUCAUGUGAGUGUAGAGCCCUAUUUAGGAGAGACAUUCCCGUCCAUAUACAACACAGUCAAUUAUGGCAUUGGUGGUGAGGAGCCUGGCAUUUUUUAUUUGGCACGUUUUUCUUAUAAAGCUGAGGCCGAUGCUUUUUCGCUGUCCCUAG